CAGGACCUCUGAGAGCCUUUAGUUUACUUUGUGAGUCCCCUUCGAAGAAUCAGGUUCAGUCUUCCUUUGGUCUCCCAGAAAUCUACCCCGGAUCUGAGAUCAAGCCGAGCCCUCGACUUGCUUGCCGACUCCAGUGCCAUGGAUGUGAGUCUCUUGGACCUGCCAGAUGCUUCGCAGGUUCCCGGAAAGACUCGCCUUCGGGGCAGGGGCCCGGCCGUGCGUCGGCAGCGAGAGUUCACGCCGGAGGAGAAGAAGGACAGGGUUUACUGGGAGAAGCGGAGAAAGAACAACGAAGCGGCCAAGAGGUCCCGGGAGAAACGCAGGCUCAACGACGUGGCCGUGGAGGGCAGGCUGGCCGCGCUGCUGGAGGAGAACGCGCUGCUCCGCGCAGAGCUGCGGGCCCUCAAGCUGCGCUUCGGCCUCCUGCCGCCCCUCCGUGGCCCCCGGACCUUGCCUCUGCGGGCUCUGCUGUGGGAGCCGCCCUGGCCCCGAGACCCCCGCUCUGAGGCCGAACCGCUCUCGACCCUGCCUGGCUCCCACGGCUGCCUCGUGACACCGUGUUCUCUGAAUCCUGGGAUCCCGGGGUGCCGAGGCUGCCUGCUGGCUCAGGGGUGGACGGGUCUUGCCGCUUGCCCCAGAUUCCCCCAGGAGCCUGCUGCUCCCACCCCCAAGGGAACGGACACGCACCUGCAGGCGGCUCUCCCAGCUGCCUUCUUCCGCUGUCACCUCUUGGACGGGCACGUGGGGCCCAGGCUGGAGCUGGAGCCUGGCUGGGGGCUGUGGUCACCCGUGCACUCUGGGUGCCAGGCCUCGGCACCCUCCGAUGUGAUGCUGACGCCCUCCGGAGAUGCCACAGGGGUUUCUCCUGGGGCGACCUGCCCUACUCCGGGGAACGGUCCCGAGGGGGUAGCUCAGCCCUCCCUACCACACAAACUGUGCAUCAAGUCCCAAGCUCUGGGCGGAGUGUGUUGA